AUGCACCCAUACUUGGAGCUCAUGCGCGUGCACAAGCCUGUAGGAACUUGGCUCAUGUUCUGGCCGUUCGCGUGGGGACUGUCGCUGGCCGCUAGACAGCAGGUCAUUCCUCUCACAAGAUAUGCGGUCUUGUUCCUCGUGUUCUUUUUCGGGGCCUUCUUCACGCGUAGCACGGUGUGCACGCUGAAUGAUAUUCUGGAUCGUGACUUUGAUCGACAAGUUGAAAGGUGCAAGAGCAGGCCAAUUGCUAGUGGCAGGGUGGCCACGAAGAAUGCUAUUGUAUUUUACCUGAUGCAGCUGGUGGUGUGCUUAGCACUCUCAGCACUCAUGAACAAGGUAGCCCACCAUGUCUAUCCUCUUUUGAAAAGGUGGACCAACUGGCCACAAGCAUGGCUUGGCUUGGCCAUGAACUGGGGCUUGCCUGUUGCGUGGGCCGCGGUAGCCAGAUCAAUGGAUCUGCCUGUACUUUCUGCAUUGCUCAGUGGAAGUUGGUGCUGGACCGUUCUAUACGAUACAAUUUACGCGUGUCAAGAUAUGGAUGAUGACCGCAAGGCUGGAAUCAAGUCGACCGCGCUCCUUUUUGGAGAAUGGAUCCUCCCGUUGCUGAGGAUGUUUGCUGUUGGCCUCGUCAGCUCCCUCAUCGUCACAGGCCUGUUGACGGACUCCGGGCCAUUGUACUAUGUGAUAUCAGUGGUGGGAGUUGUGUUACAUCUUGCCUGGCAGUUCCGCACAGUGGAUCUGCAUGUGCCUAACAGUUGCGGCGAUAUAUUCAAAGCAAACAGUACCAUCGGGUUCCUGAUCUGGGCCGGUUUGUUUGGAGAGUAUAUAUUGUCAGUAUAUCGCAGUUGA